AUGGUCUCAAAAAAUUGUCUGGUUCAGAAGAAUAUCAGUUUCUUGGGGAUAAAAUACGACAUCUUUAUCGACAAAAUCUUUAAACUUAAGCUCGUCGGACGGCCACAAUACAUUAUCGAUUACUGGGAUAGACGCGACGACAUCUUCGCAUUCAAUAAAGUGUAUGUGAAAGCAUUAUAUCCUAAUUGGUAUAUACCAGCAAUAUCCAUCCCCGGAGUAUAUGCCUCCUCUAUCAAGCCUCCUGUAUGGACCUUGAUAUCAUGGAGAAUACUUGUAUUAACUCGUCACACCAUCACCGCGUUUUUAGGGUCCUCGAUUCGAAAAUUGCCAACAUCCAUCACAGAUAAAUACAAGACUGUUGUCUCAAAAGACAUAUUUAUACCAACAACAGAAAAAGCAUUCAUAAAAGAUAUAAGACUUUUAAAUCAAUACAUCAAGACACAUUCUGCAAGACAAUGGAUGCUCCUUAGCGAGGAGUUUACUUCAAAAGCAUAUAUUCCCAAUCAUCCAAUUUCAUUUCCUGUAGAAAAUAUCGUACAAAGAGGAGCUUCUUUGUUGUUAAGAGCUUUUACGUAUAAAAUUCUACCUCGGGAAGAAAUUGCUGAAGUAGAUUCCAGAUUUAAAAACUCUGUUACCAAACUGACAGAAUCAGACAAACUGGUAAGGAAAUAUAUUACGGAAUUAAAUAGCAAGGAUCAGCUCGUAAUCAGUGAAUAUGAUCAUGUACAGUUAAAAAAAGACAUGUUAUACAUUUAUGAAAACACACUUGCUGGAGCCAUUAAACACAGAAACAGAACAUUGGCAUUACAAAUUGAACAAGAAUAUAAUUUAGUUUAA